AUGGCAUCCGGGUCCGCGGACAAGAAGGCGGACAAGAAGGUAGAAAAGUCCUAUCUCGCGUCCGCCGUGGACUCGAUCAAUCCGUGGGCCGGAAGCCGCAGCACGACUCCCACACCUAAAGACCGCCAACCCGCGCCAGUUCCCCCGAGCACGGGAGACCAUGUAACAAAUCCAUUCUAUGGGCAGACAUCAGGGCGGUAUCCGUCAGAUUGCCCGCCAUUGAAAGUGCAAUGGUUCCAUGCAGUAGAUAUCCCGAAGCGCAAGCCAAAGUUCAUGUCAACCAAAACCAACGAGGAUUCAAAGCCAGCCCCGCCCAAGAAAUACGUCUCGUUUUCCGUCGAGGACUCUCGUGCCAUCGAAACUGCGUACCAGGCUAAACUCAAGGAACUCGAAGAAGACAGAGGUCAAAGCAUUGGGCCCGACGGUGUCCACGCUGUAAUCAAGCGACCGAGGGCAAUAUCCUCGGUAGGGGAGCAGGAUGACGACUUGGCUGCCUCUUAUACGAGCGUUCCGGUUAACGAGGAUUUUCUCUUCGAUGUUACCCUCGAGAAUAGAGAGCUUGCGCCUAUCUACUGGGAGGGCCCCACGUAUGAUGUUCGCCGUGGAAGUUGGUUCUAUCAGGAGGGGUCCGCACUGCGUCCUUGUGAAGAGAACCUAGCAGCUCAGCUUGAAGAAGGGUACCUCAAGACAAAGCCCUGGAAAUACCCGACUAGAUCGCGCAGCAACUCCGUAUCCAAAUCAGCCGUCCCGAAAACGCCGGGUGAGAAUCCGCAACCGGCUCCCGAAACUUCGCAGGAGGUCGUGAAAAAGGAUGCGGUCCUUCCGCAGCACCAACCCCAGACGUACCGUCUCUUCGGAGCGUACAUGAACAGCGUGGUUACGUAUCAGGAUACGGCGACUGCUUGGCUAUCCUCCGACAGCAUGCUUUCCUGGGUCACAUCCACAAUGUAUGAACGAUUUGCGGGUGGCGGUUAUAUGAGCGGUGUCAAGCUCGUUCGGGGAUACGCCGAGACCAAGAAAGCAAAAGAGGAAAAGAGACCCACGACUCCAGAAGGCACCCGCUCGGCGUCGAAGGAGCGGCAAGACAAGCAAUCCAAGGCGCUCAAAAGACGUUCCGCACCUCCUUCUAGCUCAGAAGCACGAUCCGGAGAGUCGGUGGAGGAUGACGAUCUUGAAAACACUCGAAACCGGCUGACUCGCCAACUUUCGAACCUGAUGGAAGGGGUUGAGGGCUCUGAAGGCGAAGAAGAAGCUAUACGCGAACGUGAAGAGAAAGAAAUCCUAGGGGACUACAAUGCAAGAGUGGACGAUAACCAAGGCCGAGAGAUUGAGCACCUCGUGCUUGUCACACACGGGAUUGGGCAGCUGCUCUCGCGCAGGAUGGAAAGCAUCAACUUUGUCCACGAUGUCAACGUAAUGCGCAAAACAAUGAAAGGGGUUUAUUCCGCUUCCGCAGAUCUCCGGGCCCUCAACUCGGAAAUUGAGGAGCCCGGUCUCGGAAACUCGCGUGUCCAGGUUCUGCCAGUCAACUGGCGUCAUCUCCUCGACUUCCCUAAGCGCAAACCGAAGCGGGGAGAACACGACCUGGGUGAGAUCAUAGAUGAUGAAGAUGAUUACCCGUCACUAGAAGACAUUACGGUUGAAGGAGUGGCAUUUGCAAGGUCACUCAUAUCCGAUCUUGCCCUCGAUGUUCUCCUGUACCAAAGUGCUUACCGGGAACAAAUCGUUGAGAUUGUGCUCCGGGAAUCCAACCGUAUCUACAAGAUUUUUAAGGAGCGCAACCCCGAAUUCAACGGGAAGGUGCACAUUGUCGGCCACUCGCUGGGCUCGGCCAUCAUGUUUGACAUUCUUUGUCGACAAAAGGAGAAAUCUAGCGCUAUUGAGCCACUGAGAAACCCCCUUCAUGGCCGGACCUCUUCCACCGACCAGUUCGAGCCCAGCGAGCCGAAAGAUCUGGCGUUCGAUUUCGACGUGGAAGAUUUCUACUGCCUUGGAUCUCCAGUUGGCCUGUUCCAGAUGCUCAAAGGCCGCACCAUUUCCGCUCGGAAUCACCCCAACGCGAUGCCAUCAGAAAGCCCUCUCAACCCGGACUACAUGGAUGACCCAUUCCUCAAUAUCCCACCUCAGACGUUUGCCAAUCAGCGUAUCUCACCGGUUACCGGCCUCCCAUUCAACGUUUCAUCGCCCAAGAUCGGCCAACUCUUCAACAUUUUUCACCCAUCCGACCCCAUCUCCUACCGGCUCGAGCCGCUUAUUUCCCCAGUCAUGACAACGCUCAAGCCCCAGGUGCUACCGUACACUAAAAAGAGUAUUUUCAACGCCGUCGCUCCCCAGGGGCUCACGGGAAUUGGGGCCAAGAUUGGGCAAAACGUCUCGGGCCUAUGGAGCAGCUUCAGCGCCGGGAUCGCCAGCAACUUGCUCAACCGGAGUCUCGGACUCAGCAACGAGGAUGUUGCCAAGAUCACCGCAUCUCAACAGCAACAGCAACAGAAGCAACAAGAGCAACAACAAUCACUUCGCCCUCAAAGCCGCGGUGCCGGAACCAAUCUCUCGGCCGGUGUCGUGGCAGACGAGAAAGCUCUCUCAGAGGCAGAACGCAGUGAAAAGACAGCUGAACGGAUGCUCCAGCUAGCCAGCGGUGCCGCUAACGGCGGGGGGUCCGGCACCCUGAUCGAUGACGAAUUGGAAACUCUGUUCAGUCGGUUCCAAAAGAGCCGGAUAGACAAUAUGGAGGGCAAGGCGGAUGGCAAGGGCAAGGGCAGGACCAGAGGAUCAGGAUCUAGCACGUCCAGCGACACGGUCAGGCUAAGCCGGGAGAAGUGGCGGGAGGAGGAAAAGAAGGCACAGAGGUUACGGCGGGAAGAAGGGAAGAUUCGGGCGCUGAACCAGAACGGGAGGGUGGAUUAUUGCAUUCAAGAGAGUGUAUUGGACUUCAAUCCCAUCAACACCAUUGCGUCGCACAUGAGCUAUUGGGCGGAUGAGGAUGUCAGUCAUUUUAUGUUGUCACAAAUGUUGUCAGGCAAGGGACGGUCUCCGAGGGGUUAG